AUGCAGAGUUUCUUCCAGUCUAUCUAUCAACCUAUCUAUCUAUCUAUCCCAGCCUAUUCAUAUCUAUUUAUAUAUCUGGUUAUCUAUCUCAGUUUUUUCCUAUCUAUACAGGCUGUUCUUAUCUAUCUAUCUAUCUAUCUAUCUAUCUAUCCUAAUCUGUUCACAUCUCUCUAUGUCAUAUCUGUCUAUAUCAUAUACUGUUCUUAUCUAUCACUAUAUCUAUCUAAUUCUGGUCCUAUCUAUCUAUCUAUCUAUCUAUCUAUCUAUCUAUCUAUCUAUCUAUCUAUCCCAGGCUGUCUCCCUCUCUCUUUAUCUAUCUUUCUAAACAAUUCUGGUCCUAUCUAUCUAUCUAUGUAUCCCUAUCUGAUUAUAUCUAUCUAUAUCGUAUCUAUCUAUGUAUGUAUGUAUCUAUGUAUCUAUGUCCCUAUGUAUCUACCUCAGUUUAUGCAUAUCUAUCUGUCUAUCUAUCUAACUAUUCCAAUCUGUUCAUAUCUAUCUAUAUCAUAUCUAUCUGUAUUGUAUUUAUGUAACUCUAUCUAUCUAUCUAUCUAUCUAUCUCAUUUUUUCUAUCUAACUAUCCAAUCUGUUGAUAUCUAUCUAUCUAUCUAUCUAUCUAUCUAUCUAUCUAUGCCAGUCUCUAUCUAUCUCUCUCUCUCUCAGUUUUUUUCCUAUCUAUGCAUAUGUUUAUGUAUCCCAGACUGUUCUUAUCUAUCUCUAUAUCUAAUUCUGGCCCUAUCUAUCUAUCUAUCUAUCUAUCUAAUUCUGGCCCAAUCUAUCUAUCUAUCUAUCUAUCUAAUUCUGGCCCAAUCUAUCUAUCUAUCUAUCUAUCUAUCUAAUUCUGGCCCAAUCUAUCUAUCUAUCUAUCUAUCUAUCUAUCUAUCUAUCUAUCUAUCUAUCUAUCUAUCUAUCUAUCUAUCUAUCUAUCUAUCUAAUUCUGGCCCAAUUCAUCUAUCUAUCUAUCUCUAUCUAUCUAUCUAUCUAUCUAUCUAUCUAUCUAAUUCUGGCCCAAUCUAUCUAUCUAUCUAUCUAUCUAUCUAA